CAGAAAUUGCUGUACUCUUAGGACUCAUGUGCAAGUAUUCUUGUGAAGCAAGCAAGAUGGUUAUUUAUGGGAAUAGCAGUUAUCUUGAAGUAGACUUGGAAAAAGGAACCAUACUGGACAACAUGCAGAGUGUACUGGGAUCAGCAUUUAUGGUGAACAAUCAACAGGAUACAGAUGCAGUAGUUCCAGAUGGGAUCCUUAGGGACCUUUUGAGAGACAGAACAAAGGUUGACAAUCUUAUUAUUCUGUCUGAUGGGAUGAGCCUAGAAAGCGUAGAGGGCCAAGAUGUGUCAGACUUCUUAAAGAAAUACAGAAGACUGGUCAAUCCAAACAUGUUGUUUGUUAAUGUUGACCUUGGUGGAAAAUCCUCUGGAUUCAGCAAAAGUGUUCAGCCAGAACAUGAUAAUGAUAUUUUCAUUGCUGGAUACAGUGACCAGAUUCUGAGAUUUAUAGCUGAGAGAGGUGAGAGUGGUCAGUUGACCCAUAUAGACAAGAUAGAUGAGAAGUACAAUCUGACUGCAAAGGUGCCUGGGUUGGAGAAGAAACCAUGUGCAGUUAAGCCAGCAGUAGAACACCCAUUGCCUAUUGCUGCUCUGAAACCAAGAUGGAGGACAGCCAGAGUGUUCAUAUCUUCCACCUUCCGUGAUAUGCAUGGGGAGCGUGAUUUACUCACACGCUUUGUCUUUCCUGAAUUGCGGGCACGUGGAAAGCAGCACUUCCUUAAUGUGUAUGAAGUGGACCUGAGGUGGGGAGUCACGGAGGAGGACACAAUAAGCAAUAAGACUCUUGAACUUUGUUUGACUGAGAUCACCAAGUGUCAGUUCUUCAUUGGCAUCCUUGGUGAGAGAUAUGGAUGGGUUCCUGACAAGUAUGUUGUACCAGACAGUCCAGAGUUUGACUGGGUUAGAGAAUAUCCACCAGGUUGUUCUAUCACAGAGCUAGAGAUGCACUCCGCAUGCAUGUCAAACCCAGAGGAAAAGAAAGACCAGGCUUUUUUCUUCUUAAGGGAUAAAUCAUGGCAAAAGGACCUUCCUAAGAAAUAUUUGCAAGAUUUUGCUGCAGAGUCACCGUCAUCAGCUACCAAAAUGGAGGCAUUGAAAGAAAGAAUCAGAAGCAGUGGACUGGAAGUUUUUGAUGGCUACCCUUGCAAGUGGGGUGGAGUUGUUGAUGGGCAGCCAAUGGUUAGUGGUUUGGAAGACUUCGGCUUCAGAACACUCAACUGCUUAUGGAAUGCUGUAAAGAAGUUCUUUCCAGAUGAGGAUGCUGUGCUAGAUGAAAUCUCUCAUGAGACCUCUCAGCACGAGGCCUUCUUGGAGGCCCGUGUCAGCAGCUUCACUGGGCGUAAAGCCCAGAUGAAAAUGUGCCUGGAGAGACUGAGAACUAUGAAGGAAGGCAUCCUCAUGCUUUCUGGAAAACCUGGAUGUGGAAAAACAUCUCUUGUUGCGAGUUUGAUUUCACAGUAUGAUGCAGAUAUAGGUGCCAAGACCCACUUUAUUCACUUUGUGGGUGCCACCCCAGAGUCCACCAACAUCACAUUUGCCCUCAAGAGACUGUGUACAGAGUUGAUCAGAAGAUUUGGCCUAGAGAUGGAUGUGCCUCAAGAUUACAAGAACCUUUGUGGCGAGCUGAAAACUAUUUUGACAGAGGCUAGCCAAGCCAGUGGAAGUCCUCUACUCUUGGUGUUUGAUGGUCUGGAAAUGCUGGAGGAUUAUCACCAGGCUCGCUCUCUCACCUGGAUACCUGAAGAGAUACCUGAGAAUGUUAUAUUCUUGAUGAGCACAGUGGAGAAUUCAGAAUGCCACAGAGCCCUCAGCAGACGACAGCAUAGCAGUGUGCAGUUGUCUGGCCUUGACCUUUGGGACAAGCCUGAAGUGGUUAGGAACCAAUUGGCCAGACACAAGAAAACAUUGGUGGAGACAGGAUUUAAUAAUCAGAUGAAACUGCUGACAAGUAAGAGAGAAGCUAACAACCCACUUUUCUUAAACCUUGCUUGUGAAGAACUGAGGGUGUUUGGUGUGUAUGAAAAGAUCACUGAGAAACUAAAGAGUCUCCCCCACACUGUUCCCCUGCUGCUACAGGAGGUGUUGGCUAGACUUGAGCAAGACCAUGGUCAAUUACUUGUGUCCACUGCACUGACCUUGCUGGUUUGUGCACGGAAAGGUCUCUUUGAGGAAGAGCUCCACAUGCUUCUCAGUUACCACCAAAAACUACAGCAUGUCAAGUACACUGUUCAAGAUGUGUUAAAUGUUCCAUUGGAACCAGAACAUCAGAUUCCUCAGGCAGUGUUUGCACCACUGCUUAGAUCACUGAAGACCUUCCUCAGACCAGUGACUACUACAAGUCUUUUAAGUCUGGCCCAUGCAGAGAUAGAGAGGUCUAUCAGACAGAGGUACAUGAGAGGAAGUUCUACAGAACUGGAGAUCAUGCUUCACAGACUCUUGGCAGGUAAUUAA